AGGCGCAUGUGUGGGGCGUCCGCAUCGUGUUGAAGAUCUCGAGACCCUGAUAAAGAGAUUGAAGACUGCACGCCGAGACAGUGUAUCAUCCGCUGCGUCCAGCCUGCGGAGUCAUGUGGGGGUUGAUGGGGAGUGGAAAUAGACUAGUACGGCUCAGAUGGCUGAGUCACCUUCAAAAGGCGUCCUCGACCCUUCUUUGCAUGUCCAGAACUUGUGCAUUUGAGACGCUCCAGUCUUCCCGAACCAGAUUGCGGCCUACAGCAACAAUCAUUGCAAUGGCGGAGCGACUAGCGGAUCUAAUCUUGGAAAGAAUCGCCGGACUCCAAAUGGGGUACACGUGUCUAUCAUUCACUUUCUGUAUGUAACGUGCAGGAGGCCAACUAAACACAGUCCCUCCUUGGGUCCUCUAAACAACAAUACAAGAGAGAGCACAAUACCCAUGGACAUAGUAGGAGAUCUGGACCUUUGGCCCCAU